CCGGCGGCGCUCAGAGUGACGUAACGAGCGGGGCGCGCGCGGCGGCGCGUUGUGGCUCAGGACGGUGUUGGGACACAUGGAGGGGUCGGUGGUAGCGCAGAGGGAUAAGCGCACGUGGCACAAAGCACAAGGACUGGGGUAAGGAUCCUGGUUCGAGUCCCUAGCUCCUCACCUGCACAGGCGGUGAAGCAGGUCUGCAGGGCUUCAGAAUCACUUGUUAGGAGUCACUUCUCCCUUCCACCCAGAUCAGCAUGGCAGCUCACCUGGUGAAGCGAUGCACAUGCCUCCUGAGAGAAGCUGUUCGUCUCUCCCCUGCCUUGUCUCCAGCCGGCCAACUGAGACUUGCUGGGGUAGCCCGUAAAACUCUGACUCUCUCAGCUACCUCACCUAAUUCCCAGUCCCCAGGUCCCUUGUCACAGCUUGUGGAGAAGGAACGAGUGUUUACGCCCUACCCCGAGCGCCAGGAGGUGGACCAGCUCAUUGAGAAUGCCACCCAGCCAGAGGAGGUCCUGGAGCUGCUGGGUGGGGGUCACUGCCUGCACCAGAACCACUCAGCCCUCAUGAUCAUCCAGAUCGCACGCCUCCUGUCUAAGAAGCCUGAAGACAAAGCCCUGCUCUUCCAGGAUGCCCGUUUCCAGCAGCUUCUGCACCUAGCCAGCAGUCAGAUCACCACUAUCUGGAAUGUAAACCUGGUGAAGCUGCUCCAGAGCCUGUACACACUGGGGCUACCCGUGGACUCCAAGGAGUUGCAGUCGGUAGAGCAAGAAGUCCGCUGGCGCACGCGCAGGCUCAAGUACAAGCACCUGGCCUUCCUGGCCGAGUCCUGCGUCUUGCACACACAGGAGGAGAGUCCCCGGGAGCUGCUGGCUGAUCUGCUGCUGCAACUGGAGCGACGUUGGGCUGAGAUUGAGGACACCCGCACACUGGUCACCAUCCUAACAAAGACGGGCCACCUCUCCAAGCCGCUGAUGAACCGCCUGGAGGACAAGUGCCUGGAGCUGGUGGAGCAGUUUGGCCCUGAAGAGCUGCGGAAGGUGCUGGUAACCCUGGCGACUCAGAACCGACGCUCGGUGCCCCUGCUGCGGGCCAUCUCUUACCACCUGGUCCAGAAACCCUUCAGCUUAACCAAAAGUGUACUUCUGGACCUGGCCUUUGCCUACGGCAAACUCAACUUCCACCAGACCCAGGUGUUCCAGCGCCUGGCUGCUGACCUACUGCCCCACGUACCCAACAUGAUGCCCAGCGAGGUCGUCCGCUGUGCCAAGUCAUUCUCCCUCCUUAAGUGGCUCAACCUACCCCUGUUCGAGGCCUUUGCCCAGCACAUGCUCAACAGAGCCCCGAGCCUAACCCUGCCACACCUGUGCAACAUACUCCUGUCUUUUGCCCGUCUCAACUUCCAUCCCGAACAAGAGGACCAGUUCUUCAGCCUGGUACACAAGGAGCUGGAGGUGGGGCUGGCAGACCUGAGCCCAGCCCUGCAGGUAGAUGUGGUAUGGUCCCUGUGCAUCCUACAGCAGGUGCGUGAGGCUGAGCUGCAAGCCGUGCUCUGCCCGGAGCUUCAUGGCCAGUUUCUAGACAACAAGUCGCCACAGGAUCAGAGUACAUUCCAGAAGCUGCUCCACAUCAACGCCACUGCCUGGCUGGAGCACCCCGAGUACACGGGCCCCCUUUUGCCAACCGUAGCCUUGGCUUCCAGCACUGUGGCGUCUGACAGGAAGGUUACCCCCUUGGAGAGGGAGCUGCAGGACACACUGAAGGAGCUCAUGGGUAACACCCGAAAUGGUGACUUCACGGUGGCCACGCAGUACGGCUGGGUCCUGGAUGCCGAGGUGCUGCUGGACGCAGACGGUCAUUUCCUGCCCUUGAGAGACUUUAUGGCCCCUCACCUCACCCAGCCAUCUGGGAGCCAGCCACUGCCCCCUGGGGCUAAGAGGCUGGCCUUCCUUCGCUGGGAGUUCCCCAACUUCAACAGCCGCAGCAAAAACCUGCUGGGACGCUUCGUGCUAGCCCGGCGCCACUUGCUGGCCGCUGGCUUCCUGGUGGUGGACGUCCCGUUCUACGAAUGGGUGGAACUCAAGUCUGAGUGGCAGAAAGGUGCCUACCUCAAGGACAAGAUGCGCAAAACCAUGGCACAAGAGCUGGCCAAGUGACCUGCCUGCAGUGUGUGUGCCAGAGGCCCCACAAGCAGUGGUUUGCUCCAGGCCUUAGUGCUGAACCUUGGCCAGAUGGGGAUGUAGCUCCAGUAGCAGGUGGCCCUCUCAGGGGGAAUAAAUCUCUCAUUUGGUU